UGGACGAGGAGGAGGCUGUUGUGUCACUGAAGUUCUCAAUGUUCCUGUGCUGCUCUGGCCUUUAAUUCCUCACAGUCAGUGGACUUUUCGUCACGGCUGAAAAGUCUGUCCCGUCCACACGCGAUCCUCAGUCUAAUGCAAUCAUAAAUUGCGGCCUCUGGCCAAUCAGCGUGCCUGGAGAUGCGGCAUGAAAGCGACCCAUGUGGAGAACUUUGUUGAGCCCCAUUGUUGAGGCUGUCAGCCCUGAGAGGAGGGCCGGGGGGGCGGCUGCUAUAUAGCUGCUCUGCCCGGAGUGAGGAAACCAGAGGACUUAGCAGCUAUUCCUACCACUGAUUGUCCCCGAGCUGACACGAGGAGUACUUCAGAUUUCUCACACUGAUUUUUAUGGCCGGGACCAUGAUGAUCCCAAGCGUCCUCGCGCCUCCUGCCCUCUACCCGGGGCUGUACCGACCCGCUGCGGCUCUGCCGCUCCAACAGACGCUCCCGUCGGCUUUCCCGACGCACUCCAGCUUCCUAGUGGAGGACCUGCUGCGGAUAAGCCGCCCUGCCGCCUUCAUAAGCCGGACUGUCCCAUCAGCGAGCGCCUCCCUCCCCAACGCCUCCACGACCCUCUCUUUCAGCGGCGCGCACACGGAGCGCGCAGUGCCCGCGACCGCGGUGACGCGCGAGUCGUGCUCGCCAAAAACCUCGAUGCAGAAUAGCAAGGACCCGACAUUUCUCAAGUUUGGAGUCAACGCCAUCCUCGCACCUUCACCAAAGACCGCGUCAUCGCACCCCGCAGUCCACAGCCUGCACUCCAAAACCUUCCCCGUCCCCUGCUUUGACGCAGCCUUUCACCCCAUAUUCAGGACGCCUUAUUUACCAGCAUCUUCAUCUGUCGUUCCGAUCCCCGGGACCUUCUCGUGGCCGCUCGCCGCCAGAGGGAAACCCCGCAGAGGCAUGUUGCGGAGGGCGGUGUUCUCCGAUGUUCAGCGCAAGGCCUUGGAGAAAAUGUUCCAGAAGCAGAAAUACAUCAGCAAACCCGACAGGAAGAAACUGGCCUCCAAACUUGGCCUGAAAGACUCACAGGUGAAAAUCUGGUUCCAGAACCGUCGCAUGAAGUGGAGGAACUCCAAGGAGCGGGAGCUGCUGUCUUCCGGCGGCUGCCGCGAGCAGACGCUGCCCACCAAAGCGAACCCGCACCCGGACCUCAGCGACGUGGGCAAGAAGUCCUCAGCGGAGGACGAAGAUGAGGAGGAGGAGGAGGAGGAGUUCAGAGGGGAGCGAAGGAGCGCGGCGGGCUCCACGAUCUCCUCUCCCUCUCUCUCCAGUAAGCACUCGGACUUCUCAGAGUCAGACGAAGAAGAAAUAACAGUAUCUUAAUUUAUUUUGAAGAGCAAAUAUAGAAAUAUAAUUGUAAGGCCCCACAAACUUCAUUGUUAACAGAUACUCAGACUUGUUGCAUGCUGACUGUACAGGAUCAGGAUCCGGAGACACAAUUUGCUGUUUUGCACAGCUUUGUUCAAUUGUACAGUAUUUUGUACAAUUUUGUAUGGAAUUUUAUGCCAAGAAUAUCGAGUUACUUUUGCCCUGAGCUUAAAUAGAGUUGUUUAUUAAAAUGUAGCUAUUCCGUUAAUAAUUUAUAUGAAUUUGUUUAUGUGCUGUAUAUAUGUUUAUUUCACACUUUUUGUAUAAAUACCAAAUAAACGUGUAAACAAUUAUAGGCAAAACCUUUGUUACUGUUGUUGUUUUUA